GUCCUUUCAUAUCUAUUCUUGUUUUUAUCUAAUUGAUGCCUUGAACUUACUUAUUGGCAAUUUUUAUCAUAUUAAAAUGAAUAAUCUGGACUGUUUAUGUAGCUGACCUUGUCUAAUUUGAUUGAUUGAUUGUUGUUGUUGUUGCUGCUGCUGCUGUUGUCAAUGUGUUCUUUACAUGCUCUAUUCAUUAAUUCUACAGAUAGACGAACUAUGGUUGUCAACUUAACUACUCAUGUUCCCGAAAGGCAACUUGUACUUGACGACGUUAAUGGUGAAACUAGACUGGUGCUAGCAACUAAUAAUUGUGUUAAACUAAGGAUCUGUAUAACCUUUCUAGUGCCAGUUCUCAACUCAUCUGCAGAAAUUUUAAAAUCUCUUGAACCGGAAAUUUUAUAUUCUCUCCCAAUGAAUCAGGGCAAGCUUCUUCCUCUGAAUGUCAGUAAAGAUGAUCCUGGGCAUCGCAGAUUUGAAUUUAUGGUUGAUGGAUGUAUAUCUGGCAUGGCCAUAGUCACAGUAGGAAUUGAUGAAAACUCUAUAACAAGCAUACAUGGGACUCCAGUUUCCAAAGUUGAUCCUAUUACUUUCCUAUUUGACUCUUUGAGGCCUGCUCCAAUGUUGAUUACACCACCUUCAGAUUAUCUGAUGCCUGAGAUAAGUACACCCCCUUCAGAUUUUCUGGGGCCUGAUGUAAAUUUGACUACUCUGCUCCACAUGAGGACAAGAGAACACAACAUAUUUUUGUGGAUAGAAUUCAAGGAGCCUGUAUUUGACUUCAACCGUUCUGACAUAUUAAUCAAAGGAGGGGAAUUAGUGAGGCAAGUCAUUUCUGCUUUGAAGGAGAAGAAGGUAAAAAAAAAAUAUGCUGUAGAGAUAAAUGUAACUGACGAUGUUGUAUCUGUCAAAGUUCCGGAAAAUGUAGCUCACGAUGUUGCUGGAAACAAAAAUCUAGCUUCCGAAACUCUACUAGUAAGGCCAUAUUCUGUGCCCAUAAUAUCUAUUGUAAUUUCUACGUUUGCAACUGCUUCAUUUGUGGCGACAUCUAUUGCUGCCGGGCUGCUUACAGCUUCAACUGCAAGCCUUUCCUCUAUUGGGACAUUUUCUCCACCAUUUUCUUCUCUUUCUGAUCCUGCGAGUAAUCUUUUUAGAAUGGCAGGCCAUAUUCAGGUUUUUGCAUUAUCUAGAUGGUUGGGAGUGCCACUACCAGUGGAGUAUUAUGAAUUUUCAAGAGGUAUGCAAUGGAGCAUUCCCUGCUUUAGGCUUCCCUGGGAAACUAGGCACACUCACUCAAGUGCUCCUGCGAACUCAAAUCCCUCCAGGUCUAAAAUUCAUGAUUCAGGAAUUUUCCUGGGUGUGCAGCAUAAGCCUAUUCCCAAAUUCAACCGAUUGAAUGCAGAUGAAAUUAAAAAACUCCUUACGAAUAGUGGACCAGACCUUGUUUCGGAUGGGUGGGAGGAUUUCAACAGAACCAUGUUUUGGUUAGCCAUAAUUGGUGGCAGUUUAAUACUACUACAUGCUUUACUCCUUGCCAUCCUAAAAUUCAGGAAGCCGAGGCAGAGGGGUUAUGGAGUACUCGCAUUCCCAAGAUUUGAAAUAUUCCUUGUUAAUCUUACAAUGCCUAGUAUUUGUGAGGCCUCUGCUGCUCUAAUUAGAGACUUGCUCUGGUUCUUCUCUACCGGUAUUACAUUUGCAAAGCGACUAUACAAAGAAGAUAAUCAAGUGAUUCAAGUAGGACGGGGAAAUCCCAAAAUAGCCCAAGUAACUUUGGGUCCUGGUAAUGAAGGCCGAUGGACAUUGAACAGGAAACAAAACUUUGAUUGCCUAACCAUGUUAGUGCCUUUAUUCAAAGAUUUAAGAGGACCCAUUCGCUCUAUCACUGCCCCUGAUGAUGAAGCUGGAGAGGGUUUUGGUGGUACUGACUUGGCUCCACCGAGUUCAGCACAAAGUAUGUCCCGUUCAACUAGGCCGAGUCCUAUUCCCCCCACAAGAUCAAGUACCGUAGCAACUCCAGUAGUCCCAUCGACAACUGGCAUAAGUGCUCAUACACAUGGUGAUUAUCAAAUCAUUGCCCCUGAUGACAAAAAUGAAGAGGUAGAGAUUUCUGGGGGUAGUGUAUCUUCUAUCCAAAAUCUAUUUAUGCAACUCAAAAUAUACUACACAUUGAUUAAGUCUGUGAGAUGUGUUUUGCUAGGGGCUAUGGGAGGUGCCUAUAAGAACACCUGGUCUUCUACAACUCCAGUUAUAAUCUUGUUAUGCAUCACUUCUUUGCAUCUCUUCUUCCUUGUUCUUGAGAAGCCAUUUAUUAAGAGACGAGUUCAAUUGGUUGAGAUAAUCUCAGUUGCUAGUGAAGUAUGUUUGUUUGCUCUCUUUUUGGUUCUCGUGGACAAGGAAUUGUCACCCAAGCAAGAGACUAUAGUUGGAGUGUCCAUGCUUGUACAUUUCCUGAUGGGAUUUUUACCACAGAUUGUGAAUGAAUUGUAUACUUUGCGUAGACAGAUAAAGCACCUAGACACUAAUGAAAAGCGUUUUCGAACCGGUUUGAAGAUAGCUUCAACUGGAAUUCUUCUGUUUUUCAUCUUACAGGAUUCUUUGGAAAAGCUAGAAUGUUUUGGGGAUAAUGAGCCUAAUGACAUUGGUGGCCAAAGGGGUGAAGAGUUGACUAAUGACACUGGUGGCCAUGGGGGUGAAAAGUCAACUAAUGACACUAGUGGCCAAGGGGAUGAAGAUACUAAUGCAACUGAAAGGAACAGGAACUUUGGGAGAAGGAACAAGAACACUAAGAACAGGAACAGGAACUCAGAAACUACUGUGCCAGAAAAAUAA